AUUUCAUGAGUGGGUUGUUUUAGCCCUGGUGUUUACUAACUUACGGGGUGUUUUUGGAACUACUGCAGAGAGUAACUUAAGUAAGUAGCAUCAUAUAAAAGAACGAGCCUUGAACUCUGUCACAGCUCUGCUCACAACUAUCACUCAUUGUCUUAGAGAUUUGGAGACAGUAUGAUCGCUUAGCAAACUCAGGCAGCUAGCAAGCGGUGUGCUGUGUAGCAGUGCGCAGAGCCUCCCAGCCUCUGCCUUCAGAUCCAUGCACUGAUUGAGUUCCUGCGAGUGGGAAUGGAUGAGGCACAUCAAGGCGGCGUUGGCUCCCCUGCACAGUCUGUUAGCUUUUGUGGCUGUGGAUUUAUCCUCGGUUAUGAGCUAGGAGUUAUUCAGGCCCUGCAGGAAUUAGCACCUGAGAUGCUGGGAUCAGCAGCCAAAUUCUUUGGAAUAUCGAGCGGAGCAAUUGCAGCUGCAGUACUGGCGUGUGGGGGCAACAAAGGUAAGGUGGAUGAAUGGUUUAGUUUGUUUGGUAUACCAUUAAAUGUGACUUCCUCUAGCGCUUCAUUUAGAAUGCUUUGCUGUAAGAAAGCACUAAAUAUUGUGGUGUCCCCUGAGCAUUUCAGGCCUAUUACAGAAAUUGUGGAUGAAUUUUACUAUGCAGUAAUGGAGAAAAAUAAGAAAUCACUCCUUGGCCCCUUCUCUUCAGGUUCCAAUUUCUUUAAGCUCUUGGAAAAGGGAUUGUACAAAAGCCUAAAAGAAAACUGUCACCAGCUGGCCUCCGGGAGGCUUCAUAUUGGUCUCACACGUCUGCCAGAUGGCCAGAAAGUUGUAAUUUCAGACUUCUGCUCAAAGGAGGAGGUCAUUCAGGCAGUGCUCUGCAGCUGCUUUAUUCCUUGCCUAUGUGGAUGGAUCCCUCCUUCCUUCCGAGGCGUGCGAUAUAUUGAUGGAGGAUUCACGAGCCUGCAACCUCUCUCUGACCCAGAAACUACAAUUUACGUAUCACCAUUUGCAGGGGAGAAUGACAUAUGUCCAAGAGAUUGUCCAGCUGCUUUCUACACUAUCAAGUACCUUGACUGCAGUUUUCAGAUCUCAGUUGAGAACCUGUGCAGGAUCUCCUAUAGCAUAUUUCCUCCUUUAUGGCUGGACAUACGUGAAAUAUAUGAACAAGGAUAUCGUGAUACCGUUUUCUACCUGCAAAUCAACAAGGAACAUGGAACAGUAACCAGAACAUCAAAGAAGACUUCCCAUGAGAGGCUGCAGCACAGGCUUCCAGAUGUCCAGAAGAACAGGAAUUUAUCUGGAUUGCUGCAUGCCUUGGCUGAGAUCUUCUUGCAGAGUUUCUGGAAUUACAUCAAAUAUCUGCAAAAAAGAUAAUUUUGUCUGCAAAAGCCUAAUGAAGACUGAAAGGGAAGUUUCAGGAGGAGGAGAGUUCUUAUAUUGGUGGGUAUGGAGAGGGAGACAUUUAGGACUGUGCAUUCUGGGUUAUCCUCUAAAACCUUGCUAGAAUAAGUUUUCAGGAAGCUGCAAUGUAUACACAAUAGCUAAUUACAUGAUAUAACAACUGUUUUAUUGAUGUUCAUUUGACGUGAAGAAUUCACUUGUGGUUUUUGCCACACAGAAGUCAUGUAUGUAACCACUAAUCAUGAUAUUAAAAAAUUUACAGCACCAUACAGUUACACUACCUAUAAAGUAUUAAUUUGUACUGCUGUUUUUCAUGGAAACAUUUAAAAAUGUGUCAAAGGCUAAAAUGUAGUUUCAGCUGAAAUGUUUGUGUUGUCAAGCAUACAAUUUUUAAUUAAAUAAUUUUCUGAGGAAAUCAAAUGCAUAUCAAAAAACUAUUAGCUGAAACCCCAUCUUUCCUGUAGCCCUUAACAUAACUACCACCAAGUUUGUUAUUCUGUUCCAGACUUUCGUGAAUUUGUCUGCAUCUUUAUUGAAUUGCAGUGGACACAGUACUCCUGGUGAGGCUUUACCAGUGCCACAUAAAGUGGAAGAAUUGCUUCUGUUGACUUCCAAGCAACACUUCUGUGUUAUUCCUAUCCAGUAUGCCUUUGGCUUGUCUCACAAUAAAAGCACAUGGUUGGCUCAUUGUCAACGUAUGCUCUACUCUAAGCCUUAGAUCUGUUUUUGCAAUAUUGAAGCCUGCUUAGUCAUUCCCCUAUAUGUAUCCGUUCAUGCAAUUGUUCUCUCCUAAGAGUAAAGUUUUGCACUUGUCCUAAUUGAAUUUCAUUUGAUUAAUUUCAGACCAGUUGAUCAAGAACACCCUGAAUCCUCAGCCUAUACCUCAGGGCAUCUGCAAUUCCAUGCAGCUCAAUGUCAUUUGAAAUAUUAAGGAACCCUGCCUGAUGUGUUUUUUUUCCAUAAUGUAAUCUUGCAGACCUGGUUUAUGAUCUCUAAGUGGUUGUGGCUGACUAUACUGUAAUUGUAUGCUGUUCAUAAUGGGCUACUCGUUGUUCAAGUCCAGACAAGUUAGUUUCAAAGGCCAGCCACCCUGUUCAUAGAUAAAG